AACUCAAACCCAAUCGUCCUCAUCCUCACAUAGCUGCAGGCCUGCUCCCCUCCUCUCCCCUCUGCUGGAAUGAGUGCAUGAGGGAUUAAAGAGGCAGGGAGGCUGGUAUACAGGACCACAGGAUUGGGAUUGGAAAGAUCAGACAUGACUGGAUUAUUACUGUACUGUUGGAGCUUUUGGCUUUUUUGUACUGGAAUUGGUGACUAAGGUAGAGAUGUGGACUCUGGAGCAGGAGUGAGAAUCAAACCUUGACUAUUGAAAACUACAGAAACUGAGUGUUUUCGGCUGCGGUUGGACUACUGAGUCUGGUGUUGAAGCCACUCAGCACACUGAAGCUUUCUCUGUGCCUGAUGACCUCAGUCCAGAGGAGAGACAGGAGCUGGAGAGCAUCCGGCGUAGAAAACAAGAGCUCCUGCAGGACAUACAAAGACUGAAGGAUGAGAUAGCAGAGGUGACCAGCGAGAUUGAAAACCUGGGCCUGACUGAAGAGAGGAAAAGCAUGCAGAGGAAUAAACAGAUGGCCAUGGGCCGAAAGAAGUUCAACAUGGACCCCAAGAAGGGGAUCCGUUUUUUGAUGGACAGCUCCCUGCUGAAAAACACCAGCGAUGACAUUGCCCAGUUUCUCUACAAGGGGGAGGGGCUUAAUAAGACAGCGAUUGGGGACUACCUGGGGGAGAGAGAUGACUUCAAUAUCGAGGUUUUGCACGCCUUCCUGGAGUUACACGAGUUCACGGACCUGAACCUGGUACAGGCUCUCAGGCAGUUCCUGUGGAGCUUCAGGCUGCCCGGCGAGGCUCAGAAGAUCGAUCGCAUGAUGGAGGCGUUCGCCCAGCGAUACUGUCACUGUAACCCCGGAGUGUUUCAGAGCACAGAUACCUGUUAUGUGUUGUCGUUCGCCGUGAUCAUGUUAAACACCAGUCUACACAACCCAAACGUGAAGGACAAACCCUCUGUUCAGAGAUUCACAGCGAUGAACAGAGGUAUCAAUGAUGGAGGUGACCUGCCGGAGGAGCUCCUCAGGAACCUGUACGACAGCAUCAAGAAUGAACCCUUCAAGAUCCCAGAGGAUGAUGGGAACGACCUCACACACACCUUCUUCAACCCCGACAGAGAAGGAUGGCUUCUGAAACUCGGAGGGGGACGAGUCAAGACCUGGAAGAGACGCUGGUUUAUUCUCACAGAUAACUGCCUCUACUACUUUGAAUACACCACUGAUAAGGAACCCAGAGGAAUUAUUCCCCUGGAAAAUCUGAGUAUCAGAGAAGUUGAUGACUCCAAGAAACCGAACUGCUUCGAGCUCUUCAUUCCCAACCACAAAGAUCAGGUGAUCAAGGCCUGUAAGACGGAGGCAGAUGGUCGCGUCGUCGAGGGAAACCACACUUUUUACAGAAUCUCCGCCCCGACCGCAGAGGAGAAGGAUGUGUGGAUCAACAGCAUCAAGGCUGCCAUCAGCAAAGACCCCUUCUACGAGAUGCUGGCUGCUCGGAAGAAGAAGGUCUCGUCUCUGAAGGGGCUGUAGAGCUGCCGAGGAGUAAACAUUGAAAUAACGAGCACAGACUGGAUAUGGACCUGAUAUUCCUGCUGCUGCAGUGACACUUGGACCUGGUUCAGAGGAGUCAGCUUUUAAAGAGGCUCUUCCUUCGGCACCAACACCCUGCUCUUUACAGGUUUGACCCUCUGUUGAAUGUUUCAUUUCCCAUCUACAGAUGAAACGAUUCAGUCAUAAACUUUUUUUUUUUUUUUUUAAAUCCUCAAACAUCUUAACAUCUCAACAUUUCGAAACCCAUACUUCUGCAGUACUGUAACCGCGCUGUGCCCUCUGGGUAAGACUCCCACUCCUCUUCAGAUCUGCUAAAAUUAGGUGUCUGAUUCACCUCAGAGCCACUUAAUACAGACUGUUUGAGUUUGGUGAAACAUUUCAUAGGAAGGAAAAUGUGAAGAGGAGAGCGGGAAAUGUUUUCAGUCAGAUUGGUAAUGUAAUCAGUGUGUAAAACUGAAACCUAAAUAAUGGUGGUGAGGAAAAGGACAACUUGCUUAUUUUUGAUUAAAUCCUUUCUACAUCUUGCACAAUACAGUACACAUUACAGUGGCAAGAGUUAUGAUAAAAUGCUGGACAGUUACAGUAGGGACCAUAUACUGUUCAUUAGUGUGAUUCAGAUACAUUUCUAAAAUCAUACGCUUUAGUUAGUUUACAACCAAUCUCUGUUUUGAUCAGUUGAAGCCUCUUUUCUAGACAGGGAUUAAACCUGGUCCUUGACUGAACUAUAAUGAAGAUAUGAACUGGAAGAACAUCUUUAGUUUGGUGUGGUAUUAGUCCUUGUCUGGGUUGCUGGACUUAAGUGUUUUGUUCGUUGCCAUAUAAAUGCUUUUUGUUUUUUUUUCUAAGCCUGUUUUCUUACUGCUGUUGCUCUUCCGUCAAAGCACUGUUACUGGAAAAGAAGGCAAUGCAUAAACAGCUAAAUAUUUAUUUAUCCAGAUUACUUGUAAUUUAUUGUUUUCAGUUUUUUUUUCU